AUGUCAUCUUUAACUAUCAUCCAACAAAAUGUUGCACGAUAUGGUCUAUCGACAUUAUUAGUUCUUGGCAAUGUUGGUAAUCUCUUCACUAUCUUAAUUUUAUCACGUUCAGUAAAACAAAAACUCAACUCAUGUUCACUCUAUUUACUUGCUGCUUCGAUUUCCAAUUGGAUUGUGAUUAAUACAGCAUUAAUGUCGAAUAUCAUUGGUAUCGAUCAUAUUGAUCCUCAACAUACAUCAAAUAUUAUUUGUAAACUUCGUUGGUCUAGUACUCAUGCACUAUUGAUGUUAUCACGAAGUUUUAUGAUUAGCGCUUGUAUUGAUCGAUGGGCUUUAUGUUCAGAAAAUCGCACUAUUCGAUCUUUUUCUCAACCACGUCAAGCUAUUCGUUUGAUCAUUAUUCUGAUUAUUGUUUGGACUAUUAUACCUAUUCAUAUGGCAAUUUUUUUCAAUAACAGUUCCGGUCGAUGUAUAGCCACGCCUGGUACCUAUGCUUUCUUCUAUGCUAUUUAUUCUCUAUUUAUUAUUGGUAUUCUCCCUCUUUUACUAAUGAUUGUGUUCAGUGUACGAGCUUGGCAUAAUUUACGUUUGGCUCGUACUCGUGUAGCACCUAUUGGCACUCGCCAUAUGAGAAUUCAUAAACGUGAUCGUGAUUUAAUGAGUAUGUUAACUGGUGAAGUUGUUGUCUAUUGUUUAACAACCCUUCCAUAUCCGAUUAAUUUAAUCUACAGUGUCUCAACUGACUCAUUUGCUGUUUACAAAAGUUCAACACGGAAAGCAGUCGAAUCUUUGAUUGGAUACAUCAUUAGUCCAUUAUUGAAUUUCAUGUACUGUUGCGCACAGUUCUAUGUAUAUACAGCAUGUUCACGAAAAUUCCGAAAAGAAUUCUUGUCGUUAUUUUGUCGACAAUUACAAGAUGGAAAUCGGAGUAUUCAGAUCCCUUUACCCACAACACGAAAUUGA